UACAUCAUGCGAAAAAACCCCCUAAAAGGGGAAAACAGAUGAAGGUUUUCAAAUGUGACGCAUUAGAAUAUUAUUUUAACUUCCGGUUCUGCGCUCCGGAUUUGUUAAUAAUUUCAGCCAAAACCAAACGAAGUCACCAGUAAAUUUCGCAAGUAAAUAUUCCCGCGGCGACUAGCAGAGAAGCCGGUCUACAGAACAGUGGCCACGGCCUGUGUCACCAGUUUAUCUUAAGUAGUGCUCUUCAUUGGACGGUGGUGCAAGCUAUUCACAUGACAGAUCUGCUUCUAAUGUGUUCCAGAACGGUUCUAUCGACUUUUUUCCUCCUCACUGACCUCGGGUUUUCGCGGUCAGUUAUGCAGUGCGGUUAGGCUUGAAUUUCAGCUCAUUUAGUAUCGUUGUUAUCUGGCUUCAGAAAUUGUUUGUACCCUGACCUGAGGAAAGCGGAACAUUUGAUAUCGAUAGAGGGAAAACCGUAAAGACGCUUCCGAGCAGCUGCGCUGAACCGGGUCCGAAAACUGCGUAUUGAUUUCGUGAAGACGCCGUCGGAUUUCACUAAUUAAUUAGCUGCGUACUGCACACUAAUUAAUUAGCCUGCGCAAUACUUGUGACCUCAAAUGCAUUGUAAUCGCUAACGGUGCCGGUCAACCGGAUGUCCAGUGAAUUUCACGAGAAGCUGUCAAUGCCCGAUAUAUUUUCGUACUUUAAAAGGCGGAAAAGAAUCCCACCUGGACCACUUGGUUUGCCGGUAGUCGGUUAUUCCCCGUUUCUCGGCCGCAAACCGGCAGAGAAAAUCGUGGAGCUCAGCAAACAAUAUGGGAACAUCAUGAGCUUCUAUCUGGGCAACCGGUUAACCGUGAUCCUUAACGAUUACGACGCCGUUAAGGCCGCAUAUAUCGAUAACGCCGAAGCCUUUACCGACCGUCAGCCAGGUUUCGCGCACCGGGUUAUCAGCGGUAGUGAGAAUGGACCGCUGAAUGGCGGCACCGAUGUACGUGUGCGAGGUUUAACAAUGGCCAACGGCGAGCAGUGGCGCCAGACCCGUCGUUUCGCCUUAACCACGCUGCGCAACCUGGGCAUGGGCAAAUCCCGGCUGGAAUCGCGCAUCCUGGAGGAAGUGGACUACAUUUGCACCUCUAUCCGCCGCACCCAGUCGCGUCCCCUCGAACCCAACGACCUCAUGUACGCGGGUGUGGCCAACAUCAUGUUCGCCGUGUGCCUGGACAAGCGCUUUGACCACAAUGAUCCGCAGUUUAAGAUGGCGCAGGACUUUGUUUUGAUCGCCCUGCCCACCAUCAGCAAUACCGGCGCGCUGCAGUUGUUCCCGUGGUUGCGCCACGUACCCGGAAAGUUUAAGCGUUUCUGGUCUGUUUUUCAAUUUGAGGUGCGACGUUUUCGAGGGAUUCUGAAGGAGCACUUGAAGCUGCAUGAUAACGACAGGAAAGAUGAUGAGGAGGUGCAGGACUAUGUUGAUGCGUUUAGGGUACAGCAGAAGAAGGAAGUGGAACAAGGACACCAACCGAAUUAUUUUGAUGAUGACGAACUGCUGGUGCACAUUAACAAUUUCUUCGGUGCCGGCUCGGAAACCACCGCCUCCACGAUCUGCUGGGCACUGUAUUUCCUGGUACGCCACCCGGAAGUACGGCAUAAAGUCCAGGAGGAGAUUGACAGCACCGUAGGACACGAUCGACCGGUGACGAUGGAAGAUAAAACAAAUUUGAAGUAUGUGGAAGCCUUCUGUGCGGAAGUAGCGCGCUGGGGCAGCGUCGUGCCUUUGAGUGUGGCACGCGGCGUCAGUCAAGAUGUGACGAUCGACGGGUAUUUCAUCCCCAAAGGGACGUAUGUAAUGCCGAAUCUCUGGUACAUUCAUCGGGAUCCAAAGUACUGGGGCAGUGAUAUCGGGGAGUUUAAGCCGGAACGCUUUCUGGAUGAGCAAGGACGGGUGACCAAUCCGCCGGCAUUUAUGCCGUUUUCCAUCGGAAAACGCAGCUGUUUGGGUGAAUCACUGGCGAAAAUGGAAAUCUUCCUUUUCAUCACCAACAUCGUCCAGCAAUUCACCGUCACACUGGAAGCCGGCUACACGCUGCCGCCGCCCGGGGAGUACGCCUGCGGUCUGACUACCCGGCCGCCAAAAUUCCGUGUCAUCUUUGAGUCACGACGCUAG